AUGUCGACGAAGACGGCGGCUGUGAAUGGCGCGUCGACAGAUGCUGCGCGCAAGAUCUUCGACGACAUCGAGGCUCAGUUCCAACUCGGCCAGGAUGCUCUCAUCAAAAUCACAGAGCAAUUUCUCGAGGACUUCCGCCUCGGCUUGUCAGAAUACAAUCAACCGAUGGCAAUGAUCCCUACAUUCGUUACUGGUGUCCCAGACGGUUCAGAGACUGGCACGUUCCUAGCGCUCGACCUGGGAGGAACCAACCUACGAGUUUGUGAAGUGACGUUGUUGGGGAACCACGAAUUCCGUCUUAAACAGCAGAAGUACAAGGUCUCAGAGACGCUCAAGACGGGUGAAGCCAGUGCACUAUUCGACUACCUGGCAGAUUCAGUUGACGCUUUCCUCACCGAGUUCUCCAGCGCCGUUGGUUCGCCCACAGUGACUGAUAUAGACAACCCUUUUGAACCAACGCCACCGGCUGUCCCACUGGGAUUGACCUUCAGCUUCCCUGUUGAGCAGACAGCUCUCAACCAGGGGAAGAUCCUCACGUGGACGAAGGGGUUCUCAGCCAAGAAUGCGAUCGGCAAUGACGUCGUCCAACUGCUGCAAGAUGCUUUUGACAGGAAGCACUUACAUGUCCGCUGUGUUGCACUAGUGAAUGAUACUGUCGGCACACUGUUGUCACGGGCAUACACAGCUGGAUCGUGCAUUCUCGGUGCUAUUUUCGGAACCGGUACAAAUGGCGCAUAUGUAGAGCGUGUCGAGAACAUCACAAAACUCGGCGAUUCACCCGCGCGCGCACAAGGCGGGUUGAUGAUUGUGAACACCGAAUGGGGCGCGUUCAACAACACCCGCACCACGUUGCCGACAACUCCGUAUGACAACAAGCUCGACCGUGAAUCUAUCAACCCGCGCAAACAAGCAUUCGAGAAGUUCAUCUCGGGCAUGUACUUGGGCGAGAUUACUCGCAAUAUCCUACUGUCCCUAAUCGACGCCGCCCCUCGAUCGCUACUUUUCAACGGCAGAUCCAGCACGCCUCUGAACACACAUUACGGACUUGACACAGCCGUUGUGAGCGAAAUUGAAGAGGCAUGGGAGUCCGGGCGUACCGACCGGAUCGCCAAAGUGAACGGAACGGUGCCACAGUGGCAAUCCGCACAUUUCACCGAAGUCAAUGCGCUGCCACCGCAAGACGUCGACCGCUUGGAGCGUAUCCGCGGCAUCCUAAUUCAGAGACUCGAGCUUCCCGCAGAGGACGUGUCACUGUGCGAUGCGGCGACCGUGCGCUGGGCUGCAUCGCUCGUCGCGAACCGCGCGGCCCGGCUGAGCGGGACUGCUAUUGCGGCGGUGCUCGUACAGACAGGCAAUGCAACGCUUGGCGGCGGUACUUCGGAACCGAGCGAGAACAUUAUCGUCGGUGUGGAUGGCAGCUUGAUCCAACAUUACCCGAAUUUUCAGACGCGGCUCCGUGCUUCCCUGCAGUCUUUGGUGGGCGAGGCAGUGGAGAAGCGCGUCGAGAUCGACCUAGCCAAAGAUGGGAGUGGCGCAGGGGCUGCUUUGUGCGCGCUGCAAGCAAUCAAGCAAGGUCUCUGAAUCCCGUCGACAUUAGCAAGAAUGUGAACACCUACUAUAUCAUAGGCGCCCGGAGCACUAGUUUUUCUAUCAUCAUUGCAACUUUACGCGCUGGGACUUUUUAUUCGUAACAUUGUGGUCGACCCUUUACCAUUAGCUCCGAAGUAGCGUCUGUAUGCCUGGCGGUCGGUGUAGAGAGACAGAACCUGUAUCGUAGGCCUUGUUAAAUCAACAUAGCUAUAGACAUCGU